GGCCCCCCGGCCGCGCCCCCCGCCCGCACCGUCUUCGUGCUGGGCACGCCGCGGGACGCCCGCGGCCAGCGCGAGCUGCUGGCCGAGGCGCGGCAGCACGGCGACAUCCUGCAGGGCGACUUCGCCGACAGCUACGGCAACCUGAGCCGCAAGACGCUGCUGCUGCUGCGCUGGGGCCGCGCCUGCUGCGCCGCCGCGCCCUUCCUGCUCAAGGCCGACGACGACGUGUUCGUGAACGUGCCCGCCGUGGCGGCGUUCCUGGCGGCGUGGCGCGACGCGCCCGCCCGGCUCUACCUGGGCCGCGUGCACUGGCGGGUGGCGCCCAGCCGCGACCCCCGCAGCCGCCACUUCGUGGCCG